CAGGCAUUCGACACAGCAUCAUCAUCCAUCUAUCGAGGCAAAGACUGCACCAAGACCCGCUCACCGAGAUCCCUUGCAGCUCGGAUUUCACGACGUGAAAUAUAUCGCGCUACAUGCCCCGCGCAAGUGUCAGACCGAGUGCUGGCUGACGCGGUGCUGCGUGUGUUCUCUAUCGCUCAAGUUUCCGGUGCUGUCCUUCAUCUCCCUCACCUGGGCAGCACAUUGCACGUGCACCCGUCGCCUUUUUGCGCCCUCCCUCCUGUGGCUCUUCCCCUCAAUCCCCUACCCUAGGGUACGCAGCCCAGCAUGGGCGGCGAUGAAGAAACUCUGAGCAUCGACACGAGCCAGAUCAGAAAUGCUCGGUCCAUUGUAACGAUCGUCGUUUUCAUCCUCACGAACAUUGUCGUCCUUUUUCCCUUUCAUAUUCCAAUCUAUGUCCCCCGCCAACUGGCAGAGGUAUUUCUCGAUGCCCUCAGCGCCUUGCGCAUCAUUGCGCCGCGCCAGCCUGAGGAGCAAGGCCUUGAUGGGCAACCCAAACCGAAGCCCUACACGGUGCUGCGUUUUCCUAUGAACUUUGUCACAGCACCCAUCAUUGCUGACCUCUUCCUGCUGGCCAUUGGUGCCAUUGGACGUAAGGAGGUGCGUGGCGGCACCCUUGGCGCUAACAAGAUAUCCCCGCUCGAUAUCAUGAUCUUUUUCCUGUCCUUGGCCUACAUUGCCAUCUCCCUCGAUGCCUCCGGAUUGAUCAGGUACUUGGCCUUCAGGGUCCUCAAGUGGGGUGGCGAUGACGGCCGCCGGCUGUUCCUUUACCUCUACAUGUUCUUCUAUGCCUUGACCAGCUUCAUUGGGAAUGACCCCGUCAUCCUAUCCGGCACCGCCUUCCUUGCCUACAUGACCCGCGUAUCGAGCAACAUCGUCCAUCCUCGGGCCUGGAUCCACUCCCAGUUCGCCGUCGCCAACAUUGCCUCUGCCAUCCUGGUCUCCUCCAAUCCCACCAAUCUCGUGCUCGCCGGUGCCUUUGAUAUCGAAUUUUACAAAUACACGGCCAAUAUCAUUGUCCCCGUCCUUGUCACCGGCAUAGUCCUGUUUCCGUUCCUUCUCUAUGUUGUCUUCCCGCACGAGGACCUCAUCCCUGCUUCCAUCAAGAUGCAUGAACUGCCUGACCAUCUGAAACCGGAGAACAAGGAGGCUGUCAAUCCCAACAUUCCUCAUGCGCGAGGUGCUGCCGAAGAGGAAGAGAAGGAGAUGACCGAUGCCGACGCCAACAAGGAGAAGGGAAAGCUGUUGUCCCUCGAGGAGAUUCUCAAUCCGUUCUUGGAUCGCAAGGGUGCUGCUUUCGGAGCUGUUCUCAUGGCUGUCACACUUGCGACGCUUCUCGCCCUCAAUGCUGCCAGUGGAAAGAUCGGUGAGCACCCUGUCUUCUGGAUCACCCUUCCGGCCGCUGGUGUCCAGUUCUUCUGGGACGUGGCCAUGGGUUGGCGUGAGCGCCACCACACCCGUGCCAUUGCUGCCAGAGGACGGGAGGAGAUCAAAAGACGCGCGGCGCAGAAGGAAGCAGACCGAGAAGAAGAGGAGUUGCGUAUGACGGAGGCUACGCCUCGCAACUCUACCACAAAAGACCCCUCGUCCGACGAAGCUCGUUCGAUAUCGCACGCUUCCGCCGCUAGUGAGACUCGUGAUGCCACUCCCGGCGACUCUGUCAAUCCUUCCAUGCAGGUCUCGACUGCCAACCUCACUCCGACAAAUGAAAAGCACGAGCAACAUGAUGCAGAGAAGCAGAUAUCGCCGGAGGGAGAGGCGAAGCAGGGACAAGCAAGACCAACACUUGUCUCACAUGCCAAAGAAUGGUCCGAAUGGUUACAGGAAACUUUUCCUACUGCCACUACUGUCAUUGCGCAUCUACCCUUCGCCCUCGUCCCUUUUGCCUUCGCCAUGUUUGUCCUGGUUCAAGCCCUGGUGACAAAGGGCUGGAUUCCAGUAUUCGCUCAUGGUUGGGAUCACUGGGUGGAGAAGACCGGGACAGUCGGUGCCAUCAGCGGCAUGGGCUUCCUCUCCGUUGUGUUAUGCAACUUCGCCGGCACCAACAUCGGCACCACCAUCCUCCUCUCCCGCGUAAUCCAAGCCUGGCAAAUCAUCCACCAGCAGUCCGGCAUCCCCAUCUCAGACCGUACCUUCUGGGCCACCGUCUACAGUAUGGCCCUCGGCGUCAAUUACGGCGCCUUCAGCGCCGCUUUCAGCGCCUCUCUCGCCGGUCUUCUGUGGCGCGACAUCCUGGGCAAGAAACACAUUCGCGUACACAGUUUGGAUUUUGCGCGUGUGAACUCGCCGAUCAUUGCGGUGAGCAUGACGGUCGGAUUGACGGUGCUGGUGGGCCAGAUUUAUAUUAUGCGGACUAAUGACCCUUAUGACAUGAAGCAUUGACGUUACUGUCCUAGAAAAGCAUAUUGUUCUUGUUGAGUUUCUGUACAUAGCGGUUUGACUUUCGCGGCAUGGCAUCUCCUCGUACAUACCUCUGCUCGUCACUGCUCAAGAUACCAAGAUCGAUUUUAUUCCUAAUCCUAUCCGUCUUUUUCUACAUCUCUGCGCUCCACUAUUGUGGUUCGUGCCAAGGAAGUCAUUAUCAGCUUCCUCAUCUGCCGUGCUCUCCACAUCGCAGAAGGUGGCAUAAAGCAAUGCCUCCUUGCAAACCCCAGGAUUCCCUUUCACUGCUCAAGAUGCAGACACCGACCUCGUUUUCCACACCAUUUGUAACGCUUUUGAGACGAUACCCGCCGUCAUUACUCCGUAC